AUGAGUGGGCUACGCUUCCUUGACUUAAUCAAACCCUUCACGCCCCUCCUCCCGGAGGUGGCUGCUCCCGAAACCAAGGCCCCCUUCAACCAAAAAUUGAUGUGGACAGGUUUGACUCUACUCAUAUUCUUGGUCAUGAGCCAAAUGCCGCUCUAUGGCAUUGUCUCGUCAGACACGUCCGAUCCUCUCUACUGGCUCCGCAUGAUGUUGGCCAGUAAUCGUGGUACCUUAAUGGAAUUAGGUAUCACUCCCAUUAUUUCCUCCGGAAUGGUUUUCCAGCUUCUCGCCGGAACUCACCUCAUCGAUGUUAACCUUGACCUUAAAACCGAUCGCGAACUCUACCAGACCGCGCAAAAGCUUUUCGCAAUCAUUCUGUCUUUCGGUCAGGCUUGCGUCUACGUCCUUACUGGCCUCUACGGCCAGCCCAGCGAUCUUGGUGCCGGUGUCUGUGUUCUGUUGAUCGUUCAACUGGUUGUUGCCGGUCUGGUCGUCAUCCUUCUCGACGAGCUUCUCCAGAAGGGCUAUGGCCUUGGAAGCGGUAUUUCCCUUUUCAUCGCAACCAACAUUUGCGAGUCGAUCAUCUGGAAGGCGUUCUCCCCGACCACCAUCAAUACCGGACGUGGCCCCGAAUUCGAGGGUGCGGUCAUCGCCCUGUUCCACCUGUUGCUCACCUGGCCAGACAAGCAGCGCGCUCUCCACGAAGCGUUUUAUCGCCAGAACCUGCCGAACAUCAUGAACCUCCUUGCCACGCUCGUCAUCUUCGCGACUGUCAUCUACCUCCAAGGCUUCCGCGUCGAGAUUCCUGUCAAGUCGUCCCGCCAGCGUGGCAUGCGCGGCUCCUACCCAGUCCGCCUUUUCUACACCUCCAACAUGCCAAUUAUGCUUCAAUCCGCCCUCUGCUCCAACAUCUUCCUGAUCAGCCAGAUGCUAUACUCCCGCUUUUCGGAUAACCUUCUUGUCAAGCUCCUGGGUGUCUGGGAACCACGCGAAGGCGGAUCUGCCCAACUCUAUGCCUCCUCGGGAAUUGCCUACUACAUGUCUCCCCCACUUAACUUCAAGGAAGCUCUCCUGGACCCCAUCCACACUGCUGUCUACAUCGGUUUCAUGUUGGUUGCCUGUGCCCUGUUCUCCAAGACCUGGAUUGAAGUUUCUGGCUCUGCUCCCCGCGACGUUGCCAAGCAGCUUAAGGACCAGGGACUCGUGAUGGCUGGACACCGUGAACAGAGCAUGUACAAGGAACUUAAGCGUGUGAUCCCUACCGCAGCUGCCUUUGGUGGCGCCUGUAUCGGAGCCUUGUCUGUAGCCAGCGAUUUGCUCGGAGCUCUUGGAAGUGGAACUGGUAUUUUGUUGGCUGUCACUAUCAUCUACGGAUACUUCGAAAUCGCAGCACGAGAAGGUGACUUCGGAGCUGGCCUCAAAGGUUUAGUCCCUGGAAACUAA